UGCAGCCAUACCCUCAUCCCACCUCCUAUGCUGUAUUUAGGAGAGAGGAGAAAGGAAAAACCGAGCUCUAAUCUCCCUCCCCGACGGAGAUCGCCUGCUCCUGGAGCAACCGCCGCUCCUUCCCGCACCGGCGCGGACGCCACUCCCGCCAGCUUCCGCAACUGAUUUCUGCAGUUUACUCUGCUGCCUAACCCAAGGAUCUCUCGGAACAUUCAGAACCGUAUCAACCUCGGACUCCCUGCAGUUCUUGUGCUAGGAUCUGUGCCGUGGGGCGUCAAACAGCUCGCAGAUGGACGGUGGCGGGGGCGACCUGCGGAGCACUAUCAAGAAGUGGAACGUCUUAUACCCGGUCUACCUCAACUCCAAGAAGACGGUUGCUGAAGGCCGCCGCAUCGCCGCCAGCAAGGCCUGCCCUGACCCCACCUGCAUCGAGAUAGCCGACUGCUGCUCGCACCUCAAGAUCCCCCACGCCAUUGAGCUUGAUAAGGCGUACCCUCGGGAUUUCUUCCAGGUGGGGAGGGUCAGGGUGCAGCUCAAGAAGGAUGACGGCUCCCCUGUCAAUCCUGCUAUUAAAACAAAGAAGCAGCUGAUGAUCCAAAUAGCAGAGCUAGUUCCCAAGCAUCAUGGAAGGACAAAGAAGCAGGAAUCAGCACUCAGCUCUUCAGCUGGUGGCAGUUCGAAGAACACAAAAGGUGGAAAAAAGAAAAAGUGAUGGCAGUAUAAUCUUGCAUUUUUCUGUCCAUCCCCGUACUAAGUUUAUGUGGAAGUGUCCUUCUGAGGCCUGAAAAUCAUUGUGACUUGUGGGAUUUUGAUCCAUUUGAAAAUUUCCAUACACAUCUUUCUUGUAGUAUCCAGAUCUAGAUGUGCUAAACCUAAAAAUAUGGCAGCCAUGACAUGGGAUCCAAUUUACAGAUGCUGUUGUUUAAUAGAACUUUGUUUACUAACACAGCGGAGAUGCUUUAUUCAUUUUAAUCAAUAGAAUAGAACUGUUCUUGCA